GUCUGCUAAAUAAGGUUGCAAUGCACUAUUUAAUGGUAACUACGGACGCAUACAAACUAAUUCUACAUUUUCAAAGCAAUAACUCUAGAUCUUUGUGCGAAAGAAAAUGUGGGAACUUCUUCCUGAUGAAGUCUUACUUUUGAUUUUCAAAUAUUUAAAGGAUUCUGAUCUGAACCAUGCCUCGGUGGCUUGCAAAAAAUGGAGAAGGGUGUACAUAGAACCUUGUCUCUGGAGGUCAAGGACAUUUGAAAUUAGGGGUUAUUGCAGCUCUCAGACGGAGAGAAUAGAGCAGAUGUUGACCAAAUACGUCAACUCAAUGGGGGAAUACCUGCAGUACGUAAGAGUCGUCUGCCACUCACCCAACUUAUUGACCGCUCACGGCAUGGCUGCAUGCGUGGAUACACUCCUGUCUGGACUCUCUUCACUCAAGGACGGCAAGAAAACCAUCAGGGCGUUCCAGAUGAGCGAGCUUCACUUCCAUCAAUCAUGGGGCUGUUUCCGAUCGUCAGUUAACUUGCUGGCGGACGCCAUCUCUGCUUUCUUACGGACACAGACCAACUUACGUCAUUUCGACAUGAACGAUGCCUGCAUGAGCCGUCCGCACUCAUACCGUAUCAUCAAAGCUUUAUUAAAAAGCAAAAGCAUGAAGACGCUGCAAUCAAUCCAUCUGCUCAACUUCUAUGACAGUGAAGGUAUCACUCACAACGUUGGACUCCAGCUGAGGACUUUGAGCUCAAAGUGUUGCUGUCUUAAGGAAAUGUCUUUAAACUAUUCAUAUCUUCUCGCGUUAUUUGGAGAUGUUGAAAACAAGGGUGCACUCUUGCCUGAAACUCUGGAGAGGCUGUCCUUAUUGGUGAAUGCUGGAGAUUUCUGUCAGUACGAAGAGGGCGUAAUGAGCUCAGAACAUUGGAAGGGGAUACAUUCUGCGUGCCCUAACCUUCAAGUACAUUUCUAUAUGGAUGGAUGGCCCAGGAACCCAACCAAAAUGCUAGUUCCUAAAAUUCCGUUAGCGCAUUUUUGCAUUGGAGGUGCGCGGAGCCCACAUUCGACGCCCUUUGGCCGCAAAACUAGUCUUCUAUUGGAUCACCUGGCUCUACAUUUUGACACGACACUAAAGUCAGCAUGUUUUUUUGCAGAUAGCCACAGACCUUCUUCACCAAGCAAAGCCUCGCUGGUUCAUUUCUUGAUAAAGUGCAGAAAACUCACCCGACUAGUCUUCUCGGAAUGUCUAGUCACAUUGGAUUAUAUUUUUAAGGUGAAGAAUGAGCUAAACAAGGUGAAGAAUGAGCUAAACAAGGUGAAGAAUGAGCUAAACAAUGAAAAAGUAAUGGUCUCUGUUGUACGACAGACCCGAAUCUCUCCCAGUUCGUAGGCAUUGUAAUUCUUAGUUUCAAUAUUUUUUAGAUGUUUUAUACCAGCCAGCCAUAUUUGAUGUCUGAACAGUUUACACUGCAUAGAUGUCUUCCAAAAGAUCAAGUCUUUUACCAAUUCUUUAAAAGACAUUGAGAAUCAUUAUUACUGUGAUUAUAGCUGUGUAGAUUUUUUUUAGAUACUCUUAGCUAUCGCUUUUUAUACAUACAUGCACACAUUGGCAAGAAUACCGUUUUGAAUGACAUUAUCAUGUUAAGGAUUUCUUUAUAAGUAGGCCUAUAUGAAUUUAUUUCAUAGCGGAUUUAUAUUAAUAUCAGUCUUUAAUUACUUCCAUAAUGCAUGUAUAAAAUUCUUAUAAUUGAAAUUAUUGAUUUCAUUUGUAAUAUAUUUCAAUGUGAUUUUUUAAAUAAUGUUCUAUUUUAAGAUUUAUUAAUUAAAACCAAAAUGAACAUAUACAACACGUGACCAAGAAAACUUGAGGGAAUUUGUAAAAACUUUUUUUUUAAAAUGCCUGUCUAUCAGAUUCAAAUUGGCAAACUGUUCUGUGCACUAUGUACUUGAAAUUCUGACACAUCGUCUUACUAGCCAGA